AAACCCUAACUUCUCCAAUCUCUCUCCAAUUCCGAAAAUGGCGCUCACCUUCUUCGCAAUCGCGGUGCUGCUCUCUCUCUCCUCCGCGGCGCAAUCGGCCCCGGCGCCCGCGGCGGCGGACUGCACGAGCCUGGUGGCGAGCAUGGCGGACUGCCUGCCGUUCGUGACGGCCGGCGGGGCGGCGCAGAAGCCGGAGGGGACGUGCUGCUCCGGAUUGAAGACGGUGGUGAAGACGAAUCCCCAAUGCCUGUGCGACGCCUUCAGAAACAGCGCGCAGCUCGGCGUCACGCUCAAUGUCUCCAAAGCCCUAACGCUCCCCGCCGCCUGCCGCGUCUCCGCUCCUUCUCUCUCCACCUGCUCCCUGAGCGAAGGCGUUGGGGCUGCACCAGCUCUUUCUCCACUAGCAUUAUCACCGAGCUCCGUUGCGGGGGCUCCAGCACCGAGCUUCGGAGGUAACGAAGGCGCUCCAGCCCCGGCUCACGGUAGCGCGGGAUUGUUGGCGCAGAUCGCCUCCUGGGAAUUGCUCGUAUUUAUGGGUGCAAUAGCAUCAUUCGGUUUAUUUUGAGAGGAUCUUUGUCUCAAAUUGAUAUACUACUAGUCAUGGGAUAUUUAGUGGCAGUGAUAUUUCUAGUAGAUAUAAUUAUGUGGGCUGCUACUACUCUUUAGAUUUUAUGGACACCUUGAUUUAAAUAUUUUUGAGUUUCA